UGAGCGUGUCAAACGGGUGGGAAACAUCCCUGGCAGGGGGCUUGCAAAGAUUAGAUGCCCCUGGAGCAGCCUUUCCUCAGGAGCUGGGCCAGUUCAGCUCCAGUGUGUGCCCGCCCGGGCGCCGUCGUUUGUUCGUCGGCUGCUGUGAACCCCUGCACCUCCCCACGGGUGCCCCAGACCGCUCCCAUGGACCUACGGAUCGGGCAGCGCGUCGUCAAGCCUGGCUCUGACACCACUUUGCUGGCCCUGAAGCACACGCAGCAGCUCCAGCACCAGCUCUUCCUUGCCAGCCUGCACCAGCAGCAAGUGGAGCAGCUCGCCCACCAGCACGUGAGGGUGACCAUGGAGUCCCCGCACCGAGACGCUGAGCCCGGGCAACAGGAGCAGGAGCUGCGGCAGAUCCUCAACAAGGACAAGAGCAAGAGAAGUGCUGUGGCCAGCACGGUGGUGAAGCAGAAGCUGGCUGAGGUCAUCCUGAAGAAGCAGCAGGCAGCUUUGGAGAGGACCAGCAACCCCAACCCCUCAGCCAUGCCCUACAGGUCUCUGGAGCCUCUGGAUCCUGAGGGCCCUUCCCCUCCUGUGCUCAGCACCUUCCUGUCCCCUGUCCCCAGCACUUCUCUCGACCCCCCGGAGCAUUUCCCGCUGCGGAAGACGGCGUCUGAGCCCAACCUGAAGGUGAGGUGCAAGCCCAGGAAGUGCCUUGACCGACGCAAGAACCCCCUGACGCGGAAGGAGAGCGCUCCCCCCUCGCUGAAGAGGCGGCCGCCCGAGGCCAUCGACUCCUCCCCGAGCAGUAGCAGCACCCCCGUGUCCGGCUGCAGCUCUCCCAACGACAGCCUCCCCGCCGAGCACGGAGCCCUCCCCGCCGCCUCCAGCAUGGCCCACGAGACACCACUGGCCCAGCGCCUGAUGAUGCAGGAGAGCUCACUGGCCCAGUUUGCCCUGCAGAGUGCAGCCUCCCUUCCGGCCAUCACACUGGGAUUGCCGGCUACCACUAGCUCCAGGGGAGAGGCCGACCGCCGUCCCCUCUCCAGCCUGGCACACCGGGUGCCCGUGCUGAACGGGCCCGUCCUCGCGGGCACCCACUCGCCCAUGUUCAUACCGACUGGCUUGGAGCAGCACGAGGCUGGGAGCCCCUUAUCCCCUCGGCUCCAGCCCGUCAUCAUCCUCGAGCCCUCGGUCACCCACACUCCACUGGUGGCGGUGCCAGGCCUGGGGACGGUCCCCUUCUCCUUCGCCCCCUCGCUCAUCUCCGCAGAGCGCCUGUCGCUCCCAGGACACCACAAACCACUGGGCAGGACCCGCUCGGAGCCCUUGCCCCAGAACCCCAAGGCCAUCCAGCAGCAACUGGUGUACCAGCAGCAUCACACCCAGUUCCUGGAGAGACUCAAGCAGCAGACGCAUCUGGGCAAGCGCAUGGCGAAAUCCAGCGAGAAGCCCCGUCUGCGGCAGAUCCCGUCCUCGGAGGACAUGGAGGCCGAGGGGACGCUCCCGGAGGCCGGGGCUGAGGGCAGCGACCCGGUGAGGGCACGCGUGGAGCCCACCCGGCCGGGGAGCAGCAUGAAGGAGUCCGAGAGGACGCAGAAGAUGAUGCAGCCUCAAGAGGAGCUUGUCCUACAGCAGGCCUAUCUCUGGGACUCCUACCAGCGUGUGCAGCAGCAGCUCCUCAAGCGACAGCCCUUGGCCGACUCCCCCAUGGUCCCCACCAUCCACACGGGGCACAGGCCGCUCUCCAGGGCCCAGUCAUCUCCUGCCACCGCCACCGUCUCCCUUCCUGCCCAGGACACAGCCUCCAAGACGCUGUCCCUGUCUGUGCAGGAGCAGCCAGCCAAGCCACACUUCACAACAGGGCUGGUUUAUGACUCGGUGAUGCUCAAACACCAGUGCUCCUGUGGUGACAACAGCAACCACCCCGAGCACGCGGGCAGGAUCCAGAGCAUCUGGUCCCGGCUGCAGGAGAGGGGGCUGCGCAGCCAGUGCGAGUGUCUGCGGGGACGCAAGGCCACGCUGGAGGAGCUGCAGUGUGUCCACACCGAGCGCCACGUCUUCCUCUAUGGCACCAACCCCCUCAACCGCCUGAAACUGGACAAUGGGAAGCUGGCAGGGAUCCUGUCGCAGCGGAUGUUUGUCAUGCUGCCCUGCGGAGGGGUUGGGGUGGACAGCGAUACCAUCUGGAACGAGCUGCACUCCUCCAACGCCGCCCGCUGGGCCGCAGGCAGCGUCACCGAGCUGGCCUUCAAGGUGGCCACCAGGGAGCUGAAGAACGGCUUCGCCGUGGUGCGGCCACCAGGACACCACGCGGAUCCUUCCACUGCCAUGGGAUUCUGCUUCUUUAACUCGGUGGCCAUUGCUGCCAGGCAGCUGCAGCAGAAAGGGAAACUUGGCAAGAUCCUCAUUGUGGACUGGGAUGUUCACCACGGCAAUGGGACUCAGCAGAUCUUCUACAGAGACCCCGACGUUCUCUACAUCUCUUUGCAUCGUCACGAUGAUGGCAACUUCUUCCCCGGCAGCGGGGCCGCCGACGAGGUUGGUGCUGGCCCCGGUGAGGGAUUUAACGUCAACGUAGCCUGGACUGGAGGGCUCGACCCCCCCAUGGGUGAUCCUGAGUAUCUGGCUGCUUUCAGGACAGUGGUGAUGCCAAUUGCACAUGAAUUCGCCCCCGAUGUGGUGCUGGUGUCAGCUGGCUUCGACGCAGCCGAUGGCCACCCACCACCCCUGGGUGGCUACAAAGUCUCUGCUAAAUGCUUUGGCUACAUGACCAAGCAGCUGAUGAGCCUGGCUGGUGGAGCCAUCGUCCUUGCUCUGGAAGGUGGCCAUGACCUUACGGCCAUCUGCGACGCGUCGGAGGCCUGCGUGUCAGCCUUGCUGGGCAACGAGCUGGACCCUCUCCCAGAAGAAAGCAUGAGGCAGAAACCAAACCCCAACGCUGUGCGCUCCUUGGAAACAGUCGUUCAGGUCCAGAGUAAAUACUGGGUGGCCGUGCAGCGCUUCGCCUCCAAACUGGGCUGCUCCUUCCUGGAGGCCCAGCACCACGAGGCAGAAGAGGUGGAGACGGUCACAGCCUUGGCCUCCCUCUCAGUGGCCGUGAUGGUGGAGAAGAGGCCACAAGAUGAGCCGAUGGAGGAGGAGGAGCCCAUGAACCAGUGAUGAGCAGUGACGUUCUCUGCUCCCCUGCUUCCAGGAUGUGGCUGGACUCUCCUGAGCCCAGCGCUCGCUCUUCGAUCCUGGUUUCCCGUUUGCCACGUCAUCCUCACUCCCCGAGUCAUGGUCCUGACAGGGCAUGGACCUUUGGCUGCCACCUCUGCAGGUCUUCCAUAAAGGAUGCUCCUGCAGCCACCUGGGAGACAUCCUCCUGCUCGGGACCGACGGAAAACCAUGAACUCCCUCUGCACGGCGUGGCCUUGCAAACCUGGACCGUGCCUGCCAUCAGUCCCCAACCUUCAGGACCUGAGACCCCUCUGGGGACACGUGUGAGAGGCCUCUCCCUCUCUGGCUGCGGUGGCAGCUGGACGCAGUCCUGCCCUUCUCCUGGGAUCUCCCUCACCCUUGGGAAGGGGGUGGGCGUUGGGAUGGAUGUUGUGGCCACGCUGCGGGUGGUUGGAGCCACCUUUGGGACCCAGAGCUCUUCCUGGCCCGGGCAGCGAUGCCUCCGAGAAGCUGCCCCGUGUCUUCUCACCAAGGCUUCCUGGCUCCCCUUCCUCUGGUGGGGCACGAGGUGGUGGGACAGUGACGUGGGGUCUGACCUCCUUCUGCAGGAGAGGGGUUUGGCUGCUGUGGGUGAUGCCCCCAUGGCCUGGCAGUGGGGAAGAGCGAGGGCUGGAGCGUUGCAGUGCCCGGGACGGCACCGUGGGACAUCCCAAACCACUACCCAGAGCACGAUCCCUCUGGUGCCGGGGCUCUGAUUUGCACUAUGUACAAUUGACGUGUGCUAAUGUGAACCUACAGACUCUUCUUUCCCUGGGAGUUUUGGGAACAAACAAACACCUCUUCUUGUGGACGUUGCCAAGGUGCCUUGAGCCCUUUCCAGCCCCCUGCUGACCCGAGGGCCUGUAUCGUCUUCCAGUCCCCCCUCUGAGACCACCAGUGCCUCCAUGGGCUCCUCUUCUCCAGCUGAGAUCACAUCAAGUCCUGUCGCCCUCUGCUCGGGCUCGGCUCCCCCCCAAAGCCCCAGCAAUGCCCUGCCUGUCCCUCUGCUGUCUCUGGGGGUGACAGAGGCAGGGUCAGCCCCCCCAAAAUGAGGUGUCCAUUUAGAUUUUCUUUCAUCCUGUCUCGUACUGCACCAGGGCAUCGUGUGGCUCAUCACCCGCAGAGCCUUCCCCGUGUCUUCCCUGUGUCCCAUGGGUUGUCCCACCAGGAUGGUCCCCGCUGGGGUGGCACGGUGCUGGGCUGCAGCUGGGUUUGGGGACAGGGGAUGGACGGGGCACCGAGACCUGGCUGAAACCAGGAGGUGGCCAAGCUCCGUCGGCGGGCACAGGGAGGAGAUUUUGUAAAAAAAAAAGAAAAAAAAUAACAAAGAAGGAAGGAAAAACCCCAAGGACCUUGGAAGAAUAAACCAUUUCUGUGUCUCAGACGGCCCAGAGCUGGGUCCUGCGGCGCUGGGCGAUGGCAGGGACCGGGGGGGGUGUGAGGGUCCUUCACAGCUGAGUCUCACAUGGAGAAUUGUCAUGGCCCCAGCGUGGCACUGCCCGUCCCCCCACCCUGGGGGCUGCUGGAGCUCGGGUACCCCCCAACCCUGCGAGGUGACCUGUGAUAGGCCCCCUCCUUGGCAUCCUCUUGGUGGGCAGGAGAGAGGGUCUCACAUUGCUUGGGCAGGAAGGGGUUAAAAGGCACCCCAAAACCUCUCCCUGUCUUCUCCAGAGCCUGACCUUGUAGCUGCUGUCCCUCCAUCCUGUGGGUCUCUCCCCAGGUGGGCUGUAGGGCAGUGGGAAGGUGCUUCUUCGCCUGUGGGGCACUUGGGCAUUUCUGGUGUCCCCGAGCCAAGGCUGGUGCCGCCACCACUUCCCCCAGUGCCCACCACUUCCCCCAGUGCCCACCAGUGCAGCACCUUCCCCCCACUCCAUCCCUGAGCCGGGCACCCAUGGCCCCCCAUCCCAUGGCUCCUCCGGUGCCACCUUUCCCUCCCUCAGCCCAUGUCCCUCCCCUGCCCGGUCCCAACCUCAUCCCAUCUCUCCCAGUGGGUCCCAGCUGGGUUCAUCCCACACAGGACCAGUUCCUGACGGGACGUGGCCCACAGCUGCUCCCCGCUGCUGAGGAACCCCAAAGCUCAGUGUUGGGGGAGAGUUUGUUCCCCAGUUUCCCCCAGGAGAACGCUGUGGGUGCAAGGGGGUGAGCUCUGCUGUGGAGGCCAUCGCAGAGGGACAUGCCCCAAGCAACGGCCUCUUUCCCCACUUCAUUUCUUCAGCAUUUACCAUUUUUCAGGUUUUUCUCUGGGUCUGUCAGGGCAAGACACCAAAGGGGAAAAAAAAAAAAGCUGUUAUUAAUUAAGCUCAUUAAUUCAAGGGCUGGCCCUUCCCAGCCUCCAGCCUGGCAGGUCUGGGAGCACCUGGUGAGACCUUCCUGGUGGCCCAGGAAUCCUUCAUCCAUCACUCCCCUUGUGGUGGGUCACCCCAGAGGGGAGCUGAAGUCCUGGGGACCCCUCUGCGUUCACUCCUUGGUUGUGUCCCCCCCCGGCCCAUGUGCCCAACGGCUCCCGGGGGGCACCGGCCCCAGCUGCCAACUGGGGCCAAGUGACACAGGGACAAGGUGGGGGUGUCCCUGGAGCGUGUUUAUUUUCCAGCAGAGUUACGUACUCACUUGGAAGAGUCGCCCUUCCCUCCCCAUGGUGCCCCCUAAAUGCCCCUUUCUGCUGAGCGCAGGGGCUGGAGGAGGUGGUGAAGGUCCUGCCGCGGUGGUGGUGAAGGUCCUGCCACAGUGAUGCUAAAGCCCAAGGACUGGGUGGGUGCUCCCAUGGCUUCCUGGAGGAGGGAUGGAGGGGAGGACCUCCCCGAGCUCUCCUCUGCCUGGGUUUAGCAGCUGACCAUCAGAGGUGUCUCAUGGUGAAGGCGAUGGUGGACAUCUCUUCCAGCUCCAGAGAGGAGCAGCCAGCCCUGUCACCGUACGUCCUGGACCAGCAAACUCCACCCUGUUGUAACUGGAGAAUGGGACAUUCAACCCCCCCUAGAAGUCACAGAAGGGUUGUUGUUGUGGUGAGAAGAACCACACAAUACCACAGGAUGCUGUGGAGCACCCAACGUCCCACUGGGAGGUCCCUCAGGGACAGGGGGUUCCACCAGGACUCAUGAUGAUACAAGGGGCAGAACAUUCCAGGUCCGUCCCUCCCUGCCCCAAACACCUUUUCUCCCCACAACUUUCUGUGUCUUUGGUAACGGCAACCGCGGCCGCGACGCUGAGCAUUGGGAUAAAACCCAGUGGUCUUCCCUUAGGGCUGAUGUUUCACUCAUUUUAAAAUAAGUCAAUAUAAGGAUUUAUUUUUUAAAAAAAAGACUCGACAAAACCUUACUUCAAAAAUCAUUUUUCAAAAGAUACUUUACCCUUUUUUAAAAAAUUCGGGUUGGAAGCCUGAGUCUCCACAAAGUGCUUUAUUUUUAAAGCACAUUUUAUUUUUUUUUAAAUAAAAGUUGCAUUUCUAAUUAUGGUUUCAUUUUUGGUCUGUAAAAUAUUUCCUCUGAUGCAGGCAGCGAAGCCAUCCACAGCCCUCUUUUUAAUGGAAUUUUUAUUAUUUUUUUUUUUAAGCACAUUCGGAUGUUUUUAAAGGCUGCGGUUGGCUCCCAGGAGCCAGGAGUCCACUCAUGGCGUACAGAGAAAUUGAGGAUUAUACAGAAAAAAAAAGGGAGCCUGAGCCUCGCUGUCGCUUCUCCUUGGAUUCUCUGGUGUCGAAUAAAGUGUGAUCACUAAUUGAAA